UACCGGAAGUUGUUUCAGCUGCCAUGUUUGGUUGCUUUGUUGUAGGCUUCCACUUCGUUUCCUACAGAAUUAGUAAGUGUGGAAAUGGAGCCGAGCUGGAGUACGUUUCUUUUUCAACAGGCCAAUGAAGCCCUCCACCACCAGCACCAGGUGGCCCAGAACAGCCUGCUGCCACUUCUUAAUGCAGGAGCCGAGCAAAUUGACCAGAAGCCGAUCCUGCCGAUCCAAAUAGACCAGAAGCCCCCUACCAGUGCUGCUGAUCUCCUCAAAGACAAUGUGGCCAGCGGAGGAGGUGCACGGCCACUAGUGCCUGUGAUAAAGAAGGAACACAAAGGCAAAACGCCUUUCGUCUGCGGCUACUGCAACAAGGCCUUUCGCGACAGCUACCACCUGCGACGCCAUGAGUCCAGCCACACCGGUAUCAAGAUGGUGUCGCGGCCAAAGAAGACGGCCCAGACCGCCCCCACCAUGGUACCCAUGAUCUCCACCAUGCCACGAGAGAACAACGGCAAUCCCUCCUACAUCUCCACGGUAGCGGGCAUCCUCUCCACAGCAACCACCUCUGUUUCCUCAAGUAUCAUGACAUCAUCUGCGAUGGGCAAUGUGCCACAGCAAAACGUCCCCAAGAAACCCGCCAAACCUGUCAAGAAAAACCACGGUUGUGAGAUGUGUGGCAAGGCCUUUCGUGACGUGUACCACCUGAAUCGCCACAAGCUGUCCCAUUCAGACGAGAAGCCUUUUGAGUGCCCCAUCUGCCAGCAACGCUUUAAAAGGAAGGACAGGAUGACCUACCAUGUUCGCUCUCAUGAUGGGGGAGUCCACAAGCCCUAUGUAUGUUCUGUGUGUGGGAAAGGUUUUUCCAGGCCAGACCAUUUGAGCUGCCAUGUGAAGCAUGUGCAUUCCUCAGAAAGACCGUUUAAAUGUCAAGUAACGGCCUGUACCUCUGCUUUUGCCACCAAAGACAGACUACGUUCCCACAUGAUCAGGCACGAAGGCAAGGUCACCUGUAGCAUCUGUGGGAAGAUGCUCAGUGCAGCCUACAUCACCAGCCAUUUGAAGACUCACGGACAGACCAACUUUAACUCAUGUAACAAAGACGGUAACGACGUCUGCAACUCUGCCUCAGCUACACCUGUGACCAUUUCUGCCCCCAUCACCACGGCGAUGAACCGGAUUCACAACAACCACCCUGUCACCAUAGCCGCACAAAUGAACAUUAGCACCAACACAGUCAGCCUCCAGCACCCAGUCACCAUCACCGGGCCCGUCAACAUUGCCUCCGUCAACAUCCCCUCCUCGGCAUCCAUGAAUAUAGCCCACCCAGUCGCAAUAACGACCCAGAUGUCUAUGAAUAUGGGUGGUCCACUCAACAUCGCCAUGAGGCCAGUGGAUAGCAUGUCUUUUCUGUCCCAAGUCUUGCCUUCUUCCCCACCCUGGUAAAAAAGGAGAGAGAGCACUGAACUGGCCAGAAAGAAAGGGAAAAUGAAGUGAAACAAGAGACUCCUGUCAUCAUAAUUUGCACCUCGAGCCGAGCUCUUUCUCCCCCUGAACUAUGUUUACUUCAUCAAACCCCGAGGUGAACACUUACAUGAGCUGUGCUGCCAGGUAGGAGCUCCCCAAGUCACAGCUGCGUCCCAUCUAAUGUUAAGUGACGGACAUGAGAUGCAGGAGGCUUGAGUAGAAAUCGAGUAGGAUUUAUCCUUAAAUCAGGACAACCGUAAGACUUAGUGUAGUCAGUUAGAGUGAUAAAACUGUGAUUUGUAUCAUGACAAAUGAGAGGAGAGAUUUCCUCGAGCACCCUUGAGGACUCCACGGGAAAACACACCUGUGCUUUUGUAAUAGGGAGAUGAGAAAUGGACUGAAGCAAUAACUAUAAAUUGCUGUUUUUGAUGUUUUACAAGUUCUCUCCCAAAGCCUCUUGGUGUUACUUUGUAUGUUGUUUUUUAACUAUAGCCUGCUAAUCACUAUCUAUUUAAUGUUAUAGGAAAUGAGUAGUAAAAGGGACAGCAGCUUCCACUUGCAUGGAAGAAUAUUUUUUCACAGUGCUAUAGCUUUUGUUUUUCUUCUCAGAUAGUAGGUAUGCUCUUGAGGUACAGUGACUAACUUGUACAGUUGGCAUAGUAAUGUAUUUUCAUGUCGGCAUUUUAAUUUUUUGCUUUUGUCGCUCAAGUGGAUGUCUCGACGCGGUCCUCUUGACAAUGAAAUAUUUGUACUUUGUUUUCUAUUUGUAUGGAAACACAAGUGUUUGUUUUUAUUUGUCUAUUUGUAGUGUUCAUUUUUCCAUGAAGUCAGAAUGGAAUGAGUCUUGCACUGAAAGCAUAUCCUACAUGCAGGUGAACAGCAGUAUUAUCAAAGAUCAAAUUGGAGUCUUAAGUGUUUUGGUUAGCCAACCUGCACUUGAGGGCCAUCUAGUGGCUGACCAUGGAAAGGCCUGGCCUUGUAGUGAAGCUUUUUCAGGCUGUUGCAGUCAUCAUGAUGGUGACUAAUUAGCAAUGUCUGACUCUUCUGUACACUGUUUUUUUAAAAACCAUUUAUCUGUCAUAGCCCCAAGAUAUUACUAAGAACCCCUCACUCAGGAAACACACAUAAAAUCCCAUCACUUACAAACUUGGUUCCUUUUUAAAUUGAGUAUAUCUACCAUGUAUCUUGAUCUUUGACUUCUUCACGUUCACGUUCGAUUUUCAAAAUAAUUUGGCACUGAGGUGUUAAAAGACUUGACCAGACUUCCAUCAGGGUCAAGAAGUCCAACAUUUAUUGAUUUUAAACGUAGCCGUCCAUUUAAAUAAUUAUUUACUGUGCAAUGGCAUACAUGCUGUAUCUAUUUUUUAUUUUUUUUGCAGUUCCUUUGAAGUCGAGUUCAGCUCAGGCUGCGUAGCUAUGUGGCUGAGAUCUGGAUGAGUUUGCUAAAAAUGCAAGUUUGUGUCCAUUAAAAUAAUGGGACGAGAUUGAUGUUGCAUGACCCCAAACACUGUAGCUGUUGAACAUUAACUAUUUUUAAUGAAUGCCAUGUGAUCUCAACAGUGUUGCAGCUCUUUGAGUUGAUUCAGUUUAUACUGAAAAAUGCAAUAUGCAUGUUUGUCAUUUUUCCCAAGUUUUGUUUUAAACGGAAUAUUAGUGUAGCUUUUACUUUUGUUCUUAUGCAUUUACGUAGAUACACUAUGAUAGCCUGUUUGCCAAAUUUGAUACAAUAAUAAUGUGUUAAACUGAACAUUUCUUGGUGAAUUGAACAUCUCUUUAUUUUUAAGGAAAACAAAUAAUUGGAAAUUCCAGGACCCCUGUGAAAGCAGCUGAAUGUAUAUCUUUGUACAAACCUAUUUUAGUUCCAAGGAUAUGGUAGUUACAAUAGAUGUGAAAGAUAAGAUAACCUUUUUUAUAAAUCUUUUGUAUUAGAACAUUAACAAUGGUAAUUUUGUAUAUAUGAGAAGCUAGGCUUUCUGAAUAGCAGAAAGGUCAAACAUUCCUACAUUUUUUUUAAAUGUAUGUUUGUCAAAUUAUUACAUAAACAUGCGCAAUGUUAUGUGCCUUUUAUUUGGGUUGUCUAAAUAAAAGAAAACUAUCAAA